AUGCCUAUUAACGAACAAAUUCGAACAAUAUUUGUUAAAAAACCAUGUUUAAUUCAAUCAUCUUCAAUUAUUUCUCAAACAGAUGAUAAAAAUCCUUCUUAUUCAUGUUCUUACUGCUCAAAAUUAUUUUCAUCACCAAGUCAUCUCUCACGACAUAUGCUUAUACAUACAGGUGAAAAACCAUGUUUAUGUUCGGAAUGUGGUCAACAAUUUAGUCAAAUAUCAUCAUUAGAACGUCAUCAACGUACAAAACAUGAAAAAGUAAAACAAUUCCAUACAGUAAAUAAUCAUUUAUAUCAAUGUACACUGUGUCAUGAAUAUUUUUCUUUAAAACAUAAUUUAAAAAUGCAUGAAAGAAAAUUACAUCAAAUACAAACAAAUUUCUUUUGUAAUAUAUGUUCGGCUUAUUUUACAUGUAAUUCAUCAUUACAAAAACAUCGAAAUUUUCGUCAUCGAUCAUUAACUAAAACACAACAAUCGUCUAUAUCAAAUGAAACUUCAAUAACUAAGACAAAUAAUAUAUCAGAUAAUUGGACGUUAAUACAAAAUAAUCAACUCAAUUCAGAUACUAAUAUAUUUGAUUCAUCACCAACAUCGGUAUCUCACCCAUCAUCCGAAGAACAAUCAUCCGAUUUUUCUACUAAAAGAUCUUCAAUUAAUAGUAAUGAUUUAUUCAAUAGCAAUAAUAUAAAUAUUAGACAGACUGACAAUACAAAUAAACAUUCCUAUCAACAACAACAAGUUCAUUAUCAGAUUCUUAAAUGCAAUGAAAUAAAUUGA